AUAUUAUUUAGUAUUGAUGAUAUAGAUCGGAUCAUCGUUGAAGCCAAAAAUCGAAGAAAAUAUUCGGAGUGGCUUAAUAACACACAGGUGCCCUUAAAAUUCUCUCCGUCUCGAUCUGCUCUGACUUCCACGACUUUGAUUUGGUGAUUCGAUCAUUCAUCCUCCAAGCUCGUGUGCCGGAUUCAAUUAAAAUUCGGAGGUAAUAAUCAAAUCAUUCGGACGAAAUGGAGGAGACAGAAACUAGGGUUUUCCUAUCAAGCGAACAACAUCAAGAAGAAGAAGAGCCACUGUUACCACGUUCCAUGGUGAUCUCUCUCUAUCUCGGCUAUUUUCUUGCUCGAUGGGGUGCCAGAACUUGGGAAUUCUCUGUUGCUCUUUACAUGAUUUACCUCUGGCCAAACUCUCUGUUCCUCACUGCCAUGUACGGUGCUGUAGAAUCAGGCUCUACCGCCAUUUUCGGUCCCAUUGUAGGCCAAAUGAUAGAUGGAAUGAGCUACGUUAAAGUCCUUAGACUCUGGCUUGUUACUCAAAACCUCUCCUUCAUUGUUGCUGGUGGUUCAGUCAUUGCUUUGCUUCUAGUUCCUGAUCUCAAGUCUCAAAACUUUCCGGUUUUCGCAACACUAGUCGUGUUGACAAACCUUUCUGGUGCCAUUGGUGUACUCUCGACUCUUGCAGGCACCAUUUUGAUCGAACGAGACUGGGUUGUGGUUAUGUCGGAAGGUCAUUCACCGGCUGUUUUAACAAGAAUGAAUUCUGUUAUUAGAGGAAUUGACUUGAGCUCAAAGCUACUGUCUCCGGUUAUCACCGGUUUGAUCAUUAGCUUUGUCUCUCUAGAAGCAUCAGCGGUCACGUUUGCGGCUUGGGCUACUAUAACCGUGUGGAUCGAAUAUUGGCUCUUUAUAUCUGUAUAUAACGGUGUUCCUGCGAUAUUACAAAGCGAUGAGAGAAGGAGUUUAAGGUUGUCGUCUCAAACAGAUACUGCAUCUCAGUAUUAUGUUCCUCUUUUAACCGAUGAGAACACACAAAGUAGAAGUGGAAACAUGAGGAUUAUUGAGAGAAUCUCUGAGUCUUCUUUUGUUAAUGCGUGGAGGAAUUAUCUUAAUCAAGAUAUUGUGCUUCCUGGAGUUGCUUUAGCUCUAUUGUUCUUCACUGUCCUCAGCUUUGGAACAUUGAUGACGGCAACGUUGGAGUGGAAAGGAAUACCUACUUAUAUCAUUGGUAUAGGCAGAGGAAUCAGCGCUGGUGUUGGACUAACUGCUACAGUCGUGUACCCUCUCUUGCUGUUCCGUCUCUCACCACUCAGAACUGGACUCUGGUCCUUCUGGUCUCAGUGGACCUGUCUUUUGGUCUGUGUUGGAUCGAUUUGGGUUGAAAAGGAGAAAAUAGCAUCAUACAUGCUCAUGGCUGGAGUUGCUGCUUCUAGGCUUGGCCUGUGGAUGUUCGAUCUAGCAGUAAUCCAACAAAUGCAGGAUCUUGUCCCGGAAUCGGACCGUUGUGUGGUUGGUGGUGUACAGAACUCGUUGCAAGCGGCUCUCGACUUGAUGGCUAAUCUUUUAGGUAUCAUUGUAUCUAAUCCUAAGGACUUCUGGAUAUUGACGUUGAUCUCAUUUGCUACGGUUUCGCUAGCCGGAGUUCUCUAUACAGUUCAUCUCUACCGUAUCCGAAAACAUAUAUUUCACUUGGAGAAGAUUCCACUAUUGAACAACUUUUUCAUUCGUAAUUAUUCAACUUAAUUCCUACUUUCUUCUCGUAAUUAUAUGUAACUAUGUAACGUUUAAAGAA